AUGACCAGCAAACAUCCAGAGUCCCCUGAGGACUUUGAAUUCAUCCAGACACCUCGUGCACCUCCGGAGCAACCUUCUUCAAACUGUGGUGUCCGAGUGACUUCUUAUCCUUCAAUCAAGAAUGCCCCUCUCCCUGCCGACGCCGCAGGAGGUGACUCCUUCAACAACCUCCUGCUCAUUGGUCUGCUCAUUGCCGUGCCAUGGUACAUUGCCCGCCAACUGCAUGGCGGGUUCUACACCACACUCUUCAUGGCUGUCUUGACCAGCAUUCCCAUCCUCAUGCUUUUCUGGUCCGUCGCCUCAACCAUCUCGCCUCGGAUAAAUGAGAAGGCAACGUACCCGGGCCGUCCGGUCGAACACUACCUCGACUUCCACAGUGAGGAGGAUAAAGCAAGAUACCAUGGAAAAAACAAAAUCCCAAUGGAGACAUUCCACGAGAUGUACUUUGACCAAAAGGUCUCGUUCAAGGGUGAUUGCCUGGAAGCCAUGGAGUAUCGCCACGACUGGGCAAGUUUCCGUUUCACACUCUCGCUGUUCCGGUUCUUUUUCACCGGUAUGAUUCCUGAAGUUAUUAUGCACACCCGCUCCCAGGAUGAAGAACAAGUCCGUGAUCACUACGACCGUGGUGACGACUUUUACGGAUGGUUUCUCGGCCCGCGGAUGAUUUACACUUCGGGAAUCAUCUCCGACAUCAACCGCGAAGAGUCUUUGGAGGAGCUGCAAGACAACAAACUCGCCGUGGUGUGUGAGAAGAUCGGACUUCAACAGGGCGAGACGCUCCUUGAUAUCGGCUGUGGCUGGGGAACCCUGGCGAAAUAUGCCAGUGCCAACUAUGGCGCACACGCAACUGGCAUCACACUGGGCCGGAACCAGACAAAAUGGGGAAACAACGGUCUUCGGAAGUUGAACAUCCCAGAGUCCCAGUCUCGAAUUCUCUGCAUGGAUUACCGUGACAUCCCCCAUUCCCCUCCCAACAGAUCUAACGAGAAGUACAACAAGAUCACUUGUCUUGAAAUGGCCGAGCACGUGGGAGUCAGACACUUCUCGAGCUUCCUCCGCCAAGUCAACGAUCUAUUGGACGACGACGGUGUUUUCUUCUUGCAGAUCGCCGGCCUGAGGAAGUACUGGCAGUACGAAGACCUCAUUUGGGGGCUUUUCAUGAACAAGUACAUCUUUCCUGGCGCCGACGCAUCGACUCCUCUGGGAUUCGUCAUCGAUAAACUUGAAGGUGCCGGUUUCGAAGUCAAAUCCGUGGACACAAUCGGUGUGCACUACAGUGCGACGCUCUGGCGAUGGUACAGGAACUGGCUCGGCAACGCUGAAAAGGUCAAGGCGAAGUAUGGCGUGAGAUGGUACAGAAUCUGGGAAUUUUUCUUGGCCUGGAGCACCAUCAUCUCUCGACAAGGUUCCGCGACUUGUUUCCAAAUUGUCUUGGUCAAGAACAUCAACUCAACCCACCGUAUUGAGGGAGUGAGGCAGCAAUUUGGGCUUCAAGGAGCGCUGCAAGCUGGGAAAGAACACCUCAAAAGCGGGAAUGUCCUCAGGAAGGAGAACGGGGAAGCAAUGAAUGGGCAUGCAUUGCGCUGA